AUGUGUCUCUUGGUCAACACAUACAAGACCUGCGCCUUAUUCGGCCAUCCGAUCGAUGACACCAAUGCGCAUGGGUUCGAAAUGGUGCUUUGCGACGAGGCCGAAGCCAACAAUGACACUUUUGGCGAGUGCAGCAGCGUCGAGACUCGUAAUAUCGCCGACUGUUCAUAUCCACUCUGUACCGAAUGCGACGCGGCGGACAAGGAGAUGCGUCGGCAAGUCGAGGCCAUCUUGGAACUAAACGAAGAAGCUGGCGCCAUCGAGACCCCCGUCGUCACCGAGGACUUUGUCCAGCGCCUGCGCGGCAUACCUAUCGAUCGGAGCAGAGCGCCUGGAGUGUCUGUCGAGGAUAUGCUGCACUUUUUGCGACAGGGAACCAUCAGGGAUGUUCCCGAAGUCGACCAGAGACGAGCAGAGGCCUGGGCGAGGUGCAAGAGGCGGGAACUUGGCUCCAAAGGCGACCUGCCCACCACGACGAGACAAAUGUUUGCGCAUUGGCUCGUCAUGGCCUGCAAAGUGAGACAUAUCAUGGCUGCGAGGAGGCUUGCCCGCGCAGAGGGAGAUGGCCAUCGGGAUAUUUUGCUGGAGUCGUUGACCACUCAGACGAGUCUCGCCUCUGUCUACCGAGCUCGACUUGUAAAUCUUGGUGUGUUUGAGAAGUACCUCCUUUUGGCCGGAAUUUGUGAGUUCCCGACUCGUGCGACUUGGCUGUCAUCCGAACUUGACGCCAUUAGUGAAGAAGUCGAUUUGGAGAUAUCGAAGACUGAUCAGAAAGUAGAUGUAGCCGAUCCAGUCACAAGCGGGCGCGUGGAACUUUGA